UAUUCACUUUCACAGCUGCAACUAUCCCUCCGGCCACGGAACUUACCAAGUCUCCUCUAUUUCCUAUGGGGUACCUUCUAAAUCUCCCCCCACUAUAAAUGCUCCUAAAACCUCACCGUUCCUAGCAAGUAGCAACUACCCAACAACUCUCUCUCCCUCUCCCUAUCAAAUUUGUAAUCCUUCUGGUAUAAAUCCUUUUCGAGACAACCAUUUUUCACAACAAAAUGGCAUAAAUCCUUUUCAAGACAACCACUUUUCACAACAAAACCCCAUCUCUUAUCUUCUUCCCUCUCUCUCCCUCUCUCUCUCUUUCAACUUGAUUCGCGAAUGGCUACAUCUUCGCUUGCAAUUUCUCCGAGAAAGCUCCGAUCAGAUCUAUACUCCUAUUCAUACCAAAGUGACUCCCAUACCCCAUUAGUAAUAUCUGUUCUUGCUUCUCUAAUCGAAAGAACCAUGGCUAGAAAUGAGAGAAUCGCCAAGAACUGUUCAUGGGCAUUAUCAAAGGACAUUAGAACUAGGGUCUUUGAUUGCUUCGAGACACCAGAUAUGACAAUUCAAUCCUAUCUUGAGAGAAUAUUCCGAUACACUCGAGCCGGCCCCUCUAUUUACGUUGUUGCCUAUGCCUAUAUUGAUCGAUUUUGCCAGGCCAAUCCUGGGUUUAGGAUCAAUGCAAGAAAUGUGCAUAGGCUUCUCAUUACGACCAUCAUGGUGGCUUCCAAAUAUGUAGAGGACAUGAAUUACAGGAAUUCUUAUUUUGCAAGAGUUGGGGGAUUAACUACAAAUGAGCUGAAUAAGUUGGAACUUGAAUUUCUGUUCUUGAUGGGUUUCAAAUUGCAUGUGAACGUAAGUGUUUUCGAAAGCUAUUGUUGCCAUUUAGAAAGGGAAGUGAGCAUUGGAGGAGGCUAUCAGAUAGAGAAGACUUUGAGAUGUGCAGAGGAAAUCAAGUCAGGGCAAAACGAAGAGAAGAGAUAUAUUAAUCAAAUUACUCGAAUUAUGCUGUAGAUUAAAUUCUGAGGAGGAAUAUUUCUUCUGGCAAUUCUGCCUGCCAGUAUAGGAGAGGUUUGAUUCUUCUGUACAGAUUGAAAUGUAUAAAUAUGUGAUGGUUUAUUGGGAUUUUGGGCUUUGCUAGUCAAUACAGAGUGAUGUAUAACAGUAUUUGAGUUUUUAUGAAGAAAUGUUUGCUUAUAA